AUGCUGCAUUCUGCAUCAAGCUCCAGAGUGCUUACAGCUCGUGUUCAGAGCAUUUACCAGCUGCGAUGCACUUCGAAUGCGUGGCAGAUCAGCUCAUGCGGGCGGGUUCGAACUUCAACUGGUGCAAUCCACUUCGGAAGCCUGAUGCAAUCGGGCUAUCGCCAGGUUCUCAUUGCCAAGCACCCAUACCUGGUACAUCGAGUUGUAGCAGCCACUUUCUUUGGUCCUCCGCCAGACCCGAGCCGGUGGCAAGUGAAUCAUAUUGACGGAGAUCGGAGUAACAACCACGUGUCGAACUUACAGUAUGUUUCCGCUUCUGAGAAUGUGCGCCAUUCCUGGGCCAAAAGGAGUCGAAAGGUCCUGUGGCGGCCUUUUGGCAACACCUCGUGGUCCCAGUCUGCAUCACAGAGUGAGGCUUCCGCUCUUCUUGGUGUUGCUUCACAGAAGGUGUCCUUGUGCUGCACAGGCUUGAGGACGAAGGCUCUCGGGCGUGGCAUCUGGUACGAGUUCAAGCUUGAGUCAGAACAGGCAGACGAGGAAUGUCUGGCUUCACAACGUCAAGUCUGGUUGUCAGAUGAAAGGUGGCAUGUUGCCAAGUAUCCAUGUGAAUCAGACCCUAUUCCGAAUUUACUCGUGAGUAACCAUGGGCGUAUUUCGCCAAUCAAGCGGGGCAGGGGCGGCAUGACCCGAGGAACUCUAGCCAGAAAUGGCUACUAUGUAGUGAACAGGCUGGGCCGGAGUUUGCUCGUGCAUCGCCUGGUUGCAGGAACUUUUCUCGACCAGCCACUAUCACCGGAUAUGCAGGUGAAUCAUAUAGAUCUAGACCGUGGCAACAACCAUGUCGAAAACCUGGAGUAUGUCACACCGGCGCAGAACAUCAAACACGGCUACAGGCAUCGAGCAAAGGGUGGCACGCCAAUCUGGAAAGGCAAAGCUGUGCAAGCGAGGACCAGGGGUUAUGCAGGUCUAUGGCAAGACUUCGUGUCGAUCAAGAGUGCAGCAGCCAUGACAGGCAUCUCUCCACGUUGCAUCUCCCGUGCAUGUGCAGGUGCACCUCACAACCUAGCAGAAUGGGACUUCAGAUUUGUUAAGGAGGAACCCUUACCCGGGGAGGAGUGGCGCGCAGUUGUCCUGGAGGGAGCUCGUGCACCGAAGGGGUCGUCUUCGGAGUUGCCUGAAGUUCCUGGACAUUGA